UGGUGGAAUACACUGAUACUUGAGGAGCAGCUACAGAGGACUGGAUUCCUGAACAAGAUGACCACCCCUUCCCCAGACCCUCAAACUCUGGUCUUAAGUGAACAAAACGCGGUCCUAAAAAUGGAUGCUUGUGGGGAUGAAGACACCAUCUUAAGAGGAUACACCACUGACCCAGAGUCUUUCAGACAGAGGUUCAGAAAGUUUUCUUACUCAGAAGUGUCUGGACCCAGAAAAACCCUGAAUCAGCUAUGGGAGCUCUGCAUUGGAUGGCUGAGGCCAGAUAUCCACACAAAAGAACAGAUUUUAGAGCUUCUGGUCUUUGAGCAAUUCCUGACCAUUUUGCCUGGGGAGAUCAGGAUUUGGGUAAAGUCACAGCAUCCUGAGAGUAGUGAGGAGGUGGUGACCCUAGUAGAGGAUUUGACUCAAAUGCUUGAAGAAAAGGAAGAUCUGAUCUCUCAACAAUCUGUUAUUUCUCAAGAGGAGACCCCUGAAGGAGAUAAAAUGGUUUCCGUCCUUCCACAUAGUGAGUCUUGGGGGUCCGUGACAUUUAAGGAUGUGGCUGUGAACUUUUCCAGAGGAGAGUGGAAGAAGCUGGAGCCUUCUCAAAAGGAGCUUUAUAAGGAAGUGUUACUGGAGAACUUUAGGAACCUAGAAUUUCUAGGUUUUCCGGUUUCCAACUUAGAUUUAAUUUCACAGUUAAAGUGGGUUGAACUACCCUGGGUGCUGGAAAAAGAAGUCUCAGAAGCCUUGAGAAUAGAAUCAACUUUAGAGAAAAAAAUAGAAAGAUACCUGAGGGGUCAUGACUGUGGUUUUAUAGGAGAAUCCUGGAAACAUUUUGGCAGCUUAGAAGAGAUUUUCAGUAAUAAGGACUAUUCACAUGUAGCAGUCACACAAAAGAAAAGUCAUGGGAGAGGCAGUAAGGGUGAGGGAUUUGAUCCAGAAAAGACCCCCUUUGGAAAUAAUUUCAAACAAACUUCAGACAUAAUUAAACAUUUGAGAGUCUACUUACGGAAGAAGUCUCGGAGGUAUAAUGAAUGCAAGAGACCCUUCAGUUUUCAUUCAGAUCUCAUUCCGAACCGCAAGGAACAUGCUGGAGAAAAAUCACGGAAAUCUAAUGAAGGCAGGAAAACCUUAAGUCAUUCUUCAUCUCUUACUGAACAUCAGAAACAUCAGAAAAUUCAUCUGGCAGAUAAAUCACAGAAGUGCAAUAACUGUGGGAUCGUCUUGCCUCAAAACAAAAACACCUCCAUGUGUGAGAAAUGUUGCAGAGAUUUGAGUCAAGAGCCAAUCUUAAAUAAAGAUGAAGGAACUGAUACUGGAGAAAAAACCCAUAAAUGUAGCAAAUGUGGAAAAGCCUUUGGCUAUAGUGCCUCACUGACCAAACAUCGGAGAAUUCACACUGGGGAGAAACCUUAUAUGUGCAAUGAAUGUGGAAAAGCUUUCAGUGAUAGUUCAUCCCUCACACCUCAUCACAGAACUCAUAGUGGAGAGAAGCCUUUCAAGUGUGAUGAUUGUGGAAAAGCUUUCACCCUGAGCGCUCACCUCAUUAAGCAUCAGAGAGUCCAUACUGGAGAAAAGCCCUAUAAGUGUAAAGAAUGUGGGAGACCCUUCAGUGACAGUUCAUCUCUAAUUCAACAUCAGAGAAUUCAUACUGGAGAAAAACCCUAUACUUGUAACAAUUGUGGAAAAUCCUUCAGUCACAGCUCAUCCCUUUCCAAACAUCAGAGAAUUCACACUGGAGAGAAACCCUAUAAAUGUGGUGAAUGUGGGAAAGCCUUUAGACAGAACUCUUGUCUUACCCGUCAUCAGAGGAUUCACACUGGGGAAAAACCAUAUUUGUGUAAUGAUUGUGGGAUGACUUUUAGCCACUUUACAUCUGUCAUUUAUCAUCAGAGACUUCAUUCAGGAGAAAAACCCUACAAAUGUAACCAAUGUGAAAAAGCCUUCCCUACCCAUUCACUCCUUAGUCGCCAUCAGAGAAUUCAUACUGGUGUAAAACCUUACAAAUGUAAAGAAUGUGGAAAAUCUUUCAGUCAGAGUUCAUCUCUCAAUGAGCAUCACCGAAUUCAUACUGGAGAGAAACCCUAUGAAUGUAACUAUUGCGGAGCAACCUUUAGUCGAAGCUCAAUUCUCGUGGAACACCUGAAAAUUCACACUGGCAGAAGAGAAUAUGAAUGUAAUGAGUGUGAGAAGACUUUUAAGAGCAAUUCAGGCCUCAUCAGGCAUCGGGGAUUCCACUCUGGAGAGUAA